AUGGUUCUAGGAGAGAAGCUUGGCAGCUAUCUUGGUGUUAACUUUGGCUUUGGCUUCGGAGUGACCAUGGGAAUCCAUGUAGCAGGUGGCAUCUCUGGGGCCCACAUGAACGCCGCGGUGACUUUCACCAAUUGUGCGUUAGGCCGAAUGUCCUGGAAGAAGUUCCCUGUAUAUGUGCUGGGUCAAUUCCUGGGCUCCUUCUCAGCUGCGGCUACCAUCUACUUAAUUUUCUAUGGUGCCAUUAACCACUUUGCAGGCGGAAAACUGCUGGUGACAGGCUCCAAGUCUACUGCAAACAUCUUUGCCACCUAUCUUCCGGAACACAUGACUCUGUGGAGGGGCUUCCUGGAUGAGGUAUUCGUGACUGGGAUGCUCCAGCUCUGUCUCUUCGCCAUCACGGACAAGAUGAACAGUCCAGCACUUCAAGGGACCGAGGCCCUCGUGAUAGGCGUCCUUGUUGCUGUUCUUGGGAUUUCCCUAGGCAUGAACUCAGGAUAUGCGAUCAACCCAUCCCGGGACCUACCUCCCCGGUUCUUCACUUUCAUUGCUGGCUGGGGCAAACAAGUGUUCAGAGCCGGGAACAACUGGUGGUGGGUGCCAGUGGUGGCACCCCUUCUGGGAGCCUACAUAGGUGGCAUUGUAUACCUGGCCUUGAUUCACCCCGGCAUACCACAGGGUCCUCGGGGACUGGAGAAUUUUACAGCAGGAGACCAGAAGCUAACUGCAUCACCCAAGGAACUCCAUAUCUCUUCCACCCCAGCUUCUGCGCCCAUAAGUGGUUCUGUGCCUCUAGAGCGCUUCUAAGUAGAGCUUAUCUGUGAC